AAAUCGUAAAUAGUAAACAGGUUUUUUUAUCACUCACAUGAAUAAAAUCCGUUUGAAAUUAACGAAAUAUAGAAUUGUAUUUGUGGAAAAUUAGUACUGCUAAUAAAAUUCUCAUUAUUGAUCAAAUGAACGUUUCGUUAAUAAAUUAAUGACAUACGUGUCACUUUUAUUUAUUUGAUAUCUUUUAUGAAAUUUUACUAUACUCCAAAUGUUGGUAUUGUUUAUUUAUAAAUAGUAAACGGGAAAUAUAAAAUUACACGAAUAAUGUAGUAAUGUAAUACUAUGUAGACGAUAACAUCAUUUGACAAAUGUCACCGUUGAUAAACGUCAGCUCAUCUUUAAUUGUUUGCUGAGUAAUAAACGAUUAUAAAUUUUUAAAAAUGUCUAUAAGUAUCGAUAUUAAGCUGAAACGAGCAAGUAAAAUAUAUCACGAAGGGGAAAUAGUCGCUGGUGUUAUAUUGUUAAAAACAAAUUCGGAUGUUAAGCAUGAUGGAAUAUUUCUAAGCAUGGAUGGUUCAGUGAAUUUACAACUUAGUUCGAAGAAUUUUGGCAUAUUUGAAGCUUUUUAUAAUUCCGUAAAGCCUAUACAACUAGUACAAUAUACUUUAGAUGCUGCGCCAAGUGGUAAAAUACCAAGUGGAAAAACAGAAAUACCUUUUGAAUUACCAUUGAAACCCAGAGGAACUAAAUCUUUGUAUGAAACGUAUCAUGGAGUUUUUGUAAAUAUACAAUAUCUGAUUCGUUGUGAUAUAAAACGAAAUUUCUUAGCAAAGGAUGUAAGCAAAACAUUGGAGUUUAUAGUGGAAGACAAAGUGCCUUCUAAGAUGGAAAGAGAACCCAGCAAAGUAGAAACUUUCAAAAUCAUGCCAGAACUGUUACAGAAUGCAAGAGAUAGAACUAAUGUACCUAGAUUUUGUAUUUCAGGAAAACUAAACACAUUGUACUGUAAGAUUUCUGAACCUUUAACAGGAGAGGUAGUGAUCGAACAUUGCGAAGCUGUGAUAAAAUCAAUAGAACUUCAAUUGGUCAGAGUAGAGACAUGUGGUUGUGCAGAAGGAUAUUCUAGAGAUGCUACAGAGAUACAAAAUAUACAAAUUGGAGAGGGGAAUCCUUGUACAAAUUUGCCUAUACCAAUAUAUAUGAUAUUCCCCAGAUUAUUUACAUGCCCUACAUUAAGUACAAGUAAUUUUAAAGUCGGUAAGAUUGCUUAUUUUUAUUUUGCGUGCAUAAAUCAAUUGUAUUUCUGCAUUUGUUUGUACAAAUUAUAUUUUGUUACAGAAUUUGAGGUAAAUCUUAUCAUAGUGUUUGAAGAUGACUACCUAGUCACAGAAAAUUUUCCUAUAAUAUUGUCAAGGUACUAGAGUUUCUAUCAACAUAUACAUUAUUUUGUAUAAAUUAUGUAUAUUAUUUACAAAUUGUAUAUAUUUCUAGUAAUAAAUGCAAUUUUAUGUUGGACUUUAAUAAGAAUUGUGUAAGAAAAAAACAGGGGGAUUAAUACAUAUA